AUGGCAGGCGAAGCGAUGAACGAUGGAAAGUUUAAACACAACCUCACCGAGGCUCCCACCUAUACAUCUAAGGUUUUACCCAUGUUUUCACUCAAAGGACGAACGGCCAUCGUAUCCGGUGCUGGUGCUGGAAUCGGACUUGCUGUUGCCCAUGCUCUAGCUGAAGCUGGUGCUAAUGUUGCUAUUUGGUACAAUAGCAACAAGAAGGCUAUCGUUGAGGCUGAGAAGAUUGAGAAGGAAUAUGGUGUUACUUGCAAAGCAUACCAGGUCAAUGUCACCUCCUACGAAGACGUCGAACAGGCUGUCAACACCGCCGUAAUUGACCUCAAUGGUCGUCUCGACAUCUUUAUCGCAAACUCUGGGAUUCCAUGGAUUCAAGGUCCUGCUCUCGACGGAGAAAUCGAUCACUACAAGAAGGUUGUAACAACAGAUCUGGAUGGCACAUUUUAUUGUGCCCGUGCCGCGGGUCUACAUUGGAGAAGGCAGAAGAAGGAGGGUACGACCAUUGAUGGAAAGAAAUUGGAGGGAUUCAGUUAUGGAAGUUUUGUGGCGACCGCGAGUAUGAGUGGGCACAUUGUCAAUAUUCCACAGUUGCAGGCUGCAUAUAAUGCUGCGAAAGCUGGUGUCAUUCAUUUAUGCAAAUCACUCGCAGUAGAAUGGGUCGGAUUCGCACGCUCCAACACCGUCUCGCCAGGUUAUAUUGCAACGGAGAUUUCGCAAUUCUGCCCGCCUGAAACCAAGGCUGCUUGGAAGGAUAAGAUUCCGAUGGGUAGAGAAGGAGAAGCUCAUGAAUUGAAGGGUGUGUUCCUUUUCCUCGCGAGUGAUGCCUCAAGUUACUGCACUGGGACGGACAUUAUUUGUGAUGGCGGUUACUGCUUACCAUAA